CAAACAAUCACUGACAAUAUAUACCAAUGGCGUCCACCCACGAAGUCCAAGUGAAGAUCUCCUCCGCCAAAGACCUCAAGAACGUCAACUGGAGACACGGCCCCGUCAAGCCCUACGCCGUCGCGUGGGUCGAGCCGAGCAACAAAUGCUCCACCAAGGUCGACGAGCACGGCGACACCUCACCCGAAUGGGACGAGACCUUGAUCAUCCCUAUCCCCGGUCCUGUCAACAACGACACCACUCUCUACAUCGACAUCGUGCAUGCCGGAACCGAGCCUGACACCAAGCAGCUGGUGGGAUCGGCUAGGCUCCCGCUGCGCGACGUUGUCGAUGACGUCGGGUACGACGAGCGCUCUAGUCGCACUCUGACCAUCAAACGGCCCUCCGGUAGGCCUCAGGGUAAGGUGGACGUCAAGGUUACGGUGAGGGAGCCGCGUUACCGUGCGCCGGAGCCGUACUAUGGACCGCCUUAUGGUGUCCCACCUGCAGGCUCUGGAGGUUACCGUGCUCCACCGCCGCCGCAUGCGUAUGGCGAUCCGUACGCUGCACCACCGCCGCCGCCGCCGGUGUAUGGUGGGAUGUACUCAUCACAGGCUUCAAGGUAUCCCUACAAUGCGGCUGCGGCAGCGUACGGUCAGCCAGCUCAGGCGAGUUAUGGUCAAGUGCAGUACGGGCAGGAGGAGAAGAAGAAGAGCGAGUUUGGUGGGAUGGGAACAGGAUUGGCUGUGGGGGCGGUAGCGGGGGCACUGGGUGCGUUUGCGUUGGCGGAGGGAGUUGAUUAUGUGGAGGAUAAAAUUGCAGAUGACGUGGCGGAGAAGGUGGUGGAGGAUCUGAGCUACUAUGGCGACGAUGACUUCUAAAUGGUUGUGGAUGCACAGUCACCGAGUCCAGUAGCCUGUGGCUCAUUUUGACGUGGGUUGCAUGAUGGUCGACUGUGCAUUUGAUCAGCUUGUCUUUGUUUGUUUUCUAGGCUCGUUGGCUCUUUGUUUUCAAUAAUGGAUAUAAUGCAAAUGAUAAUCGAAUAGGUUAGACCAAUAAUGUACCUGAAUGAAUGGUGCAGGAUUCCAAUCAA